AUGUUUGGCCUGGGCCUCUGGACCCCUGUCCCCACCCCUAUGGCCGUGGCACGCGUGGCUGCAUGGGCUCCUCCCGUGCUCUUCCUGGCCGCCCCCGUCCUUGCAGCAGGCGGGGGCCGUGCCGCAAACCCCAGCGCCCGGAGCCCGGCAGCUGCAGCGGUGUCCCGCACGGGCGCGUGUGUAAGGGGCUCCGACCCGCCCAGGACAGACAUGAGGGGCCACCUCGUGCUCACGGCGCUACUGUCCCUAGCGGCUUGGCAGCUGUGCCAGGCUGAGUGCCGGGACCCCACGGCUGGCAGGACCCAGAUCCAGAGGAGCUCCAGCCUGUUCAAGCUGCCCCCCUCCCUGCUCCGGCGGCUGUACCAGGGGGUCUCCUAUGAGGCACUUUUGCAGCUGGCCGACAAAGCCCCAGUGGGUCUUCAGGCUCUUGCCCCCUCCCAGAAACGCGACAUGCACGACUUCUUCGUGGGGCUCAUGGGGAAGAGGACGGUCGUGCCUGGGAGCCCUGUGGAUGAGAGCCAGGAGCCCUUUGCCACCUUCGGAGACCCCCGGGACUCGCUGAGCACAGAGUGAGGUCCCGCGUGGGCCCAGCCGUGCCCUUGUUCCCUCCCCCCGCCCAGCAUCAUGCCAUGGAGGAGCCCUGCGCACGACUGCCUCGUGCCCCUUGUGCCCCCAGUGCUCACUGUUGUCACGUGCCCUUGACCUCUGACCCCUGACCCCGGACCGGUCAAGAAUAAAGUUUUUACUAACGAGCUGCCCUGUCCGAG